AUGGUCUUCGGUUUUGGAAAGAACAAAAAAAGUCCCGUAAAGGACGUUUCUAAAGCAAAAAAAACUGAGAUUGAUUUGGCUUUGGCCAACAGUGAGAAUACACUGAAUUACCUGACCAAGAAGCAGGAAAUAUUAGAGAAUAAAAUAAAUGAGUGUGUUAAUUUGGCUUUGGAAUGCAGUAAGAGAAACGAUAAGGCAAAUGCUCUUUCCCAUUUAAGGAGGAAGAAACUACUUACAAAUGAACUAAAUAAACUAAGAUCGACGCUUAUUGCUCUUGAGACUCAGAGUAUUGCUUUAGAGGGAGCUCAAAUGCAACACAUGGCUAUUUCUGCUUUAUCAGACUCACUACACGCACAAAAAUAUUUACAAUCGUCUAUAGAUUCUAAUAAAUUUGAUGAUUUACUUGAUGAAUUGGAGGAGAGUAAAGAAAUACAGCAGGAGAUACUGGACACAAUGACUAGCAAUUUAUCCUCCAACCUUGAGGUAACUAACCCAUCUUACAUCAUCCACUCAUUAUUUCCUAGUUUGAGGAUGAAUUAA